GCGCGCCACUCACUCAGUCACUGUUCACUGUCAUCCCGUCAAACACAUUGAAAAUGUAUCGAUUGGUGUUAUGCCUCGCUGUUUUCAAUUUUGUGGAGCCUCAUCAGUGGUGUAACAAACAUACGACACUCUGCCAUAGACAUCAUCAUGACUACAAACGCCGUCAUGAACCUAGAGACGAUAGAUUCUUUCAACGCCUCGCCAACGACCUAAUCGAAGUUGACAGCAAAGCUAAGAUGUUCUGCGCUCAAAACCAGGGGAUCACUGCUAAGGAAAUUUAUGAGCAAGAUGUCUACAAAUAUAUCGUCAGUCUUCCUAGUUACAAUGAGAGUAAAAUUGAAGUGAAGAUCAAGCAUCGUGUGCUUUACAUCAAAGCUGAGAAAGAUGAAAACACUAAGUAUGUGAACGUGAAGAUACUAACUGAUCUGCUGAACACUGCUUCUGCUAAGUGGUACUAUGGUAACGGAGAACUGACAAUAGCUGUGCCUUACAAAGUGGCUGUGGCGAAAGAAUUGCCAACGAACUGUGGAGAUGAAAUUAACAGCAAUAUUAUCGAGGUUCCCAAGGCUGAUUAUGAACCGGAUGAAAAUCCAGAUAUUGAUGUGAGGUUCUCGCAGAAGGCUGAACAUGUGAAUAUUACGGAAAAUAUUGUGUAAUGUGAGCUUGUCUUUAUCAAUGCAUUUUUCGAGAAAAGUGACAACUAUACAACAUAAUGUCUGUGUAUUGUCUGCCCUGAUAUUUUGUUAAUUGCAAUACAUAAAUCCUAUAAUUAUA